AAACUGGGUGGGGGGCGGGGGGAGCGAUCAGGGAUUUCCAGUGCGUCGAAAUGACAGAUCGUUCCCUGCUGCCUACAAGCUGUGACGCCUGAAUUAGCAAUUGCCUCGCCACGGACCCUCUCGAAGCAGAGAAGCGACUGACACUGCUCCCCGGGAUAAGAAAGAUUGUCUAACCCAUUCUUCGGCAGCUUUGUGCUGGGUACACAGGAAGACGAUGGCUCUCUGGAUCUCUGGCCUGUUGCUCCUGAUGGUUCCGGGCACUGCAACGAGCUCGAACUCCGGCUGCCGUAUCCGCAUCACUAACCGGGGCCUAACACUGAUUCAGUAUGAAGGACUGAAGUUUGUGGCUGAAGAGAUUGAAAAUAUCACCAUUUCAGAUCUGUCUGGGAAAGAGGGUCCGUUCCAGUAUUCCAUUAACGGGGUGAAGAUCACCGAGCUGAAUAUAUCCAGUGCUGCCCUCAGCUUCCAACGUGGCGCCGGUCUCUGCCUCGAAAUGCAGAACUCGUCCAUCAGCAUCACCUUCCAGAGGAAUAUAUUGUACUGGCUGAUUCAGGACGUUGGUCAGAUUAAUGCCUCUGCCGAAGGAGCCAACAUCUGGGUUGUGCUACAUCUGUCCAGAAGUAAAUCUGGUCAGCUGAAGAUAAGCAAGGUGCUCUGCAAAGCCUCCAUUGCCAAAAUGAAAGCAAAGUUUAAUGGCAGCUUUAGGGGCUUUUAUCAAGUAUUCUCCGCUGUUCUCACAACUGGUUUGCGCUUCCUCAUAAACCAACAGAUUUGUCCAGCCCUACAACACUCAGGACUGGUGCUGCUGAACUCUCUGCUGGAGACCGUGCCAGUGCGAACAGCGGUGGAUCAGUACGUAGGGAUCGAUUAUUCCCUCCUCAGUGACCCAAACGUUAAUUCUGACUACAUGGACAUGGACUUCAAGGGAAUGUUCUAUCCUCUUCAAGAUGAGAACCAAACACUGCCAAACACUGCAGCUAGCCCCCAUCUGAAGAGCAAGGAUCGCAUGGUGCAUAUCGCUCUGUCCGAGUACUUCUUCGACUCUGCCAUGUUCUCCUAUUAUAAAGCUGGAACGCUAAAGACCGAGAUUCCCGAGAGCAAGAUGCCAGUGGACCUUGCUUAUUUACUCAGGACAACUUUCUUUGGACCAAUCAUCUUAUUGACCCCGACAUCAUCAGCCAAGGACGCUCCCUUGUUGCUGGAGUUGGAAGUGACGUCAGUUCCUCAUUGUACAAUCAAACCUUCGGGGAUCACUGUCGGUGUCAGCGCUCGCAUGAAUAUCAUCAUUCUGCCGCCCAAUUCCACUCCGGUCACACUGUCCAGUAUGAUUAUGGAGUCAAAGUUGGAUGCAAAGGUGGCUUUGAAAGGGAAGAAGCUAGCUAUCACACUGGGCCUUAGAAGAUUCAGGAUGUUCUCAGCAAAGUCAGCUCUGGAAUCACUGGCGUUGAUUCCUAUCCAGACUCCAAUGAAGGCUCUUCUGCAGCUCACUAUCAUGCCAAUUAUCAAUGAGCGAGCCCUUCAGGGAGUACAGAUUCCACUGCCAGAAGGAAUCGACCUUAUCAAUGAGACAGUGACAAACUACCUGGGUUUUCUGUCGAUUGGAGCAGAUUUACACUUUUACAAAGGCCUGAGGGAGGUAAUUAAUAAGAACGUACAGCAACUUCCCCCAAACAACUCAACUCUUCCUAAGUAGAAGAAGGCUGUGAAGAAUAGUAACUUCUGUACCAUGUAUGAAGACUGACAGCAGUAUUCUACUUACCUGUUAACUAAUGUUAUAUUUUAUUAGCCGAACACUGGCUGUAUGGAAUCUUUUCACUUUGUAUUAUUAAGACUUUGCGAGAGUGUAGAAUCAAACAUUUCAAGCUGAAAGUACACUGAAGGUCAGAUUGGUGGUUUAAGUGCAACAACUGUUUGUUCCUUGUCAUUGUGUUCUUGCAGAGUUUGCACUAUUGAAUCUAUGAGCUGCUGUCAAGUAAAACUACACCACAGUCUGAAAGAGAGGGGAAAAUACUACUGCAAAACCUUGGGCACAUCCUGAACUACAGCUAACAAGCUAACAUAUGAUUGUAGAUUACAAGUGGCAACGCAUGGCUCAUAAAUAUUUUUCUUCCCCCAAUCAUUUAAAGUUAUCAUUCCUUGAUCCCAGACUUGAAGGGUGGGGGAGGUUAGCAAUGGUGGAAUUACUCUGUGGUAUAAACAGCUGUCCCACUCCCACUCAUUAUGUCCAUAAUAUGUACUUAAUGAUCUCCCCAUUCUCAUCAUGAGAUGCACAAACUGAAGGUAGUAACAUACCCAGCAACUGACACUCCUGCAGUUUGAUAGAAGUGGGUCUACUCAUUCAAUAGAAUUGUGGCCAGCCAAACACAAAGACUGUACGUGAUUAGUGGAGCCUGUCCUUUUUGUAUAGGCCAUUUGCAGAUUACACCAGGAACCAUGGAAAUGACCUCCAUUCAAAUCUUUAGAUCCAUACAUGCCAUUUUCCAAUCUGCACCAAUAAACUCUGCUUUAUUCCCUAUGGAAAGGCUUUCAGUAAUGAACGCAUUAUACUGACAGUAGAUUCCUCCGUUUAGUCAAAAUUGCCAUUUGUUCAUCUUUUGUCUCACUUAUACAGUAUAUCAUAGAGUCAUAGAGCAUUACAGUACAGAAACAGGCCCUUUGGCCCAUCUAAUCCAUGCCAACCUUAUUUUCUGCCUAGCCCUAUCUACCCUCAGCCAGACCAUAGUCCUCCAUAACCCUCCCAUCCAUGCACCUGUCCAAACUUCUCUUAAAUGUUGGACCCAGGGCAGCUCCAUUUUGCCUACCAUCUGAACAGAUCUAUAGCAGGUGCCAUUUCAUUUGCAUUUCGCUCAGCUCUGGAGCACCUAGCAAUAAAGAUGCAUACAUCACGAUGUUCUUUAUCGGUUACAACUCAACAUUCAGCACUAUCGUCCCCUCGAAACUUCAAGACCUGGGCUUCAAUAAUGCUCAGAUUCUCAGUGCUAGGUUCCUAAAAGUGAGGUGUGUUAGACAACUGAGCAUUUGCAAUUUGUGCACGAUAUUAGCACCUGUCACCUCUGUACCUAUCUUGACCAAUUGUGCAUAUUGUUCCCCUCUCUCCAUUCUCAAAAUGGGAGAACGCCAAUACCUGGCCAUCAGUUGCCUCUCAGUCCCCCACACCAACCAUGCAUUGCCUCCCCGAAUCCCACACCAGUUAUCGCUGCCUUUCCAUUCCCCACAGAAGACAACUCCCGCCAACUCAAGUGCCAGAUAGGGAACAGAGCUAAAACUGCUCAAACUCGUGUCACUCAGACUGUAGCACAUUGUAAAGCCUGUCAUUAAACCAAGGUCUCAAAGAUCAUUGGAAACUAACUAAGGAGACUAUUGAAAACCACUUCAGCUAAUACUGGACCUGGUCUGGUGUGGCAUAUUGUCAGAGGGAUUGUGUAUUCCGAGCAAGAAUACUUGUGCUGGUUAGUAAAUAUGAGAGUGAUACUUCAUGUGAUGGUGAUCAUGGGCUAAAAUCUUAAAAGAAUGUUCUUAAGGAUUAGGAUUAAAUGCUCCACAUCAUUGAUGCUUGUGAGCUGAAUAUUCUGUUGUGAACAGCACUGGUGAAUUAAAUCCUCCCUGUAAAUGAUUCAAUACGUAAAUAUACCUUGUAAUGGUACCACAGCAGUAGAUAUUUUCUGCCGUGGUCCCUGUAAUGCUGCUGGAUGAAUAAUCAGAAGUAUUGGAUUAUAGAGAAUGCCAGUUUAGGUGUAGUCUAUAUAGUAAUGACUCGUGCAGUUCAUCAGUGUGUUGAUCAAAUAUAACGAUGCACCUUUGUAUGUUAAUGCACUCAUCUUUUCAUCAAGAAUACAACCAUAUUGUACAACGUGGAAUAAAUAUUAUAAUGAUA